UGUAAAUUUCCUGUUCUGGACAGAGUCAGCAAGAGACCAUACCGACGGGCUCCUAAGUUUCCAACAAUUUCCAACGUGCUACAUAUCUGAUGUUGCUGGACAGGUUGCUCGCCACACAAACAACCGUACAAACCAGCUGUUUUUUCAACCCCAUGAUGGAAGACUCUGUGCCCCUACUUCAGAAAAUAUAAAUCUGGCGAUCAACAAGGAGUUACAGGUCGAUUUCGAGUGGGUGAAUAAGAUCAGGUUCCCAUUCCCACUGGAAGAACAGCAAAGUGACAGAAUGGCAGCAAAACAUCCAACUACAGGGACAUGUGAGAGAUACUCUCUGUAUGAUAGGUUCCAUCAGAAAAAUCAGCGACGUCCAGAAGAGAAGUUGAGAAGUCUGAACCUCUGCCCCACCCUUAGAACAGAGGUGAACUCAGCUGUUGCAGAGCAGUUUAAUCGUGAACUGUCUGCUGUAAGAUACUCGUUGUGCCAAAUGAACGAAGCUCACUUUAAACAAACUGUUAGAGUGUUAAUUGAGUUGCACAAUGAUAGAAUUAACAAGGAAUUUAAGGCUGAAAUUGAGGCCAUGUGCAACACACAGCUGUCUGUUGGCCUGCAUGGGAUGCUAGGACUGCACUCUGUUGAGAAAAUAAAAAAACUCCAGCCCAGUUCAGGAGCCAGCUUUAACGUACGACCUGACAAUACUGUCAAAUCCUCCUUUGCUGCACAGUUGUAUGCUGUUGAUGACAAUGAAAAGGAAAAACUAAAGACAUUGUUCACUGGAAAUCGUGAUGAAAAAGAACCCCUAGCAUAUGUCUGGAAGCGGUAUCCAGUGGCAAUAAAAGACAUCCGCAGUGUUUGUCCACCAGAGUUGCUGGGAGACUCUUCAUUGAGAAUGCCAUGGCUGACAGAUGAUGCAGUAAAUUAUCGAGUAGCACAAGUGGCUCAAGAGAAUAUGUGUGGCGCUUUGGGUGAUUUUGAUUUCAUUGUGUGGCACCGGGACUGGAGAAACAGUGGAGCAGUCAGUGAUGAAGAUAUCAAACACAUCCCUGUCUCAGAAAAGAUAUUCCUACCCAGAAUUGUAGGUCAUCACUCCCCUGAGACGGGAAACCAUUUCAUUCUUUGGGUGUUUGACUUCCUGAAAAAAGAGAUUAGAAUUUAUGAUUCACUGAUGUUGUACUCCACAAUCAGCGAUGAUGACAUGGAAUUGCUCAGACAUGUUUUCAGGUUUUCUGGUGGCCUUCAAGAUUGGACCAUGACAUAUCCUCCACAGUGGAAGCAGCGGGAUUCUGUUAAUUGUUGAGUGUUUGUGUGUUCUGCUGCUGAAAACGAGGCCCUAAAUAAUCAUGUCAUGGAAGAGGCUCUGACCCUCAAUCAAUGCAGGACUCUUCGCCUAUACCAUUCAACAAAAAUGCUACAAAAUGUGGAUGCUUGGGACUUCCCACCCACCCCAGAAGAAAAGUUAAAGAUGGAACAAACUGAAAUGAAACUACAGGAGGCAGAAGCGAAAAAAAAACAGAUUCCAGUAUCCAUUGCCUGGCAUGAAAAAUAAAAUCAUGCUUGUUUCAGCGAGCAACUGGUAAAACAAGUGUGUUUCAUGACCAAAUAAAAAAAAACGAAUGGGUGCAAUGCACAUCAUGUAAAGCCUGGAUGCAUUUCCAGUGUGCUGGUGUGGAGGGAGACUGGACAUCAAAACAGUCCCGGCGCCAUGGGCGGGCUUUAGGGGGCCGGGCCCGCCCUGUGAGUCACUAGUGCCCGCCCUGGACGAACCUGCGGUCUCCCUUCACCUGUUCACCAGCUCCAUGUUUUUAUCAAUAGGCCACUGUUAUUAAUUAAAAGUUAUUGUUUUGUACAUAUAUAACUCAUGAAUAAAAAUAAAAAUGUG